UAUUAUAUUAUUGUGUUUUCACAGAGAAAUAUAAUACAUAAGUUCCGCAAUGGCCUUCCAGUCAAGCAAAAAUUAUAAUAUCACAAUCAUUAUUUUAGCAGCAAUAGUCGGACAAGCUUUAGUGCACGGAAAGGAAUACACGACAUCCGUCAAAAAUAGCAAGAACAGCGGUGAAGUUCAGGAGAAAACAGCCGCAUCAAGUUCACAGAAGGAAAGUGAAGAAAAUGCACGGCUUAUUGAAGAACAGUUACGUUCUAUUUUUCAAGCUGAACAGCCAUACAUAAAAGACGAUGAAUUACACGUCGUGAAGGAGAACUUGGCCUUUCUGAAGGACGUGUUGGAGGAGGCGCGAGAAACUGAGCAGGCAGUUCAACCUGCUGUUACGGGCAGUCAACGGUCUGGGUUGUACAAGAAAGAUUUGCAGCAAUUUUAUUCUCCUGUCAAUUCCAAACAUGUGGCUGGUGAAAAUAGUUACGGUACUAACGAGGAAGAUCUGGUCGUCGAAAAUUUCCCCGCUCCAGUCGACGGCAGGUACGGGUAUCUGAACGAGUGGGUGGUGCAUCUCGAGGGCGGGCCGGAGCUCGCCGCGCAGGUCCUCCAGGAUCUUGGCUACCACACGCACGGGCUGGUCCGGGGCUUCAAAGACCUCUACAGAGUGGCCCGCAACGGCCACCCUCGCCUGCACAAGCGAGAGGCCGAGGAGCUCACGUGGCAGCUGCAGAGCCACAGCCAGGUUGUUUGGGCGGAGCAGCAGCAAUCGAAGAUAAGGGAGAAGAAGAGUUACUUGGACUUCAUGGACCCCGACAGCGAUCGUCCACUACGACGGGUGAAGAGGCGCGUCGCGGAUGGAAACAACGUUCAUUUUAUGAAUGAAAUCGCGUCGCUUGAGAGGACGCUUCUAGAAUACCCUGAAAAGGUACAUUAUCCUGCCCCGAGUCGUGCAGAUCAAGAAGAUGGCAGAGAGAAGAAGCAGCUGCUGGAGCGUAUCGCUCGCUUCCCAUCCACGAGCCGAUCAAAGAACAUGAGAGGAGAGUUGUCCGAUGUUUUCAACGACGAGCUUGUUGAGAACCAAUGGUAUUUGUACGACUCGAGGGUGAAGGCGUCCUUGCCGCGCCUGGACCUGGGGGUGGUCGAGGCCUGGCAGCGGGGCUUUACCGGAGAGGGGGUGAGGGUCAUGAUCCUGGAUGACGGCCUUGACCACCAGCACCAGGACCUGCGGGACAACUACGACCCGACCAUCAGCUACGACUUCAACGACGACGAUGCAGACCCGUACCCGCGGUUCGCCGCCGACGUGGUCAACUCGCACGGCACCAAGUGUGCCGGCGAGGUCGCCAUGGCAGCCAACAACGCCAAGUGUGGCGUGGGAGUGGCAUUCAGGGCGAGGAUAGGAGGCAUCCGCAUGCUGGACGGUCACAUCAGUGAUCGCGUGGAGGGCGAGUCGCUGUCAUUCGCCCGUGACGCCGUGGACGUCGUGUCGUGCUCAUGGGGGCCCUCCGACGACGGCCUCACCGUCGAGGGGCCCGGCAGGCUGGCCACCGCAGCCUUAAUGAAAGGAGUACAAGAAGGGCGCGGGGGCAAAGGAACCAUCUUCAUUUGGGCGAGCGGCAACGGCGGCAUGACGGACGACAACUGCAACGCUGACGGCUACGCCAGCAGCGUCUACACGGCCGCCGUAACGAGCGCCUCCCAGAGCAACAAGUUCCCCUGGUACGGCGAACGCUGCGCCUCCACCCUCACCUCCGUAUACUCAUCAGGGGCCUACAUGGACCAGAAGAUCAUAUCGACGGAUUUGAACAACACUUGCACCACGACGUUCUCCGGCACCUCGGCCGCGGCACCUCUGGCGGCCGGUAUAGUGGCCCUCGCUCUGGAGGCGAAUGGAAAUUUGACGUGGCGAGACGUGCAGCACCUGACGGUGCUAAGCAGCAACUACGACACCCUGAGCGACAACGAAGGAUGGCAGCAAAACGCGCUGGGUUUCUUCUUCAACUUGCGCUUUGGCUUCGGCUUGUUGGACGCGGAGAAGAUGGUUACAUACGCGCUCAACUGGACCACUGUGCCUGAGAAAGUAGUGCGCUCUGUUAAUGCCACCCAGCAGCUGCGAAGUCCGUGGCCGCUGCCACUGAGUGCGGCCACUGAGGCGCGUCUGGAGUUCGAGGUGACGGACGACGCGAUGGACGGCGGCGUCUUCCUGGAGCACGUGGAGGCCGUGGUGACCAUCAGCGCGCCCGUCAGGGGCGCCCUCAACAUACAGCUCCAGAGCCCCCGAGGCACGAGGACGACGCUCCUGACACCCCGCGACAAGGACACGUCCAGCGCAGGCUUCCUGUCGUGGCCCUUCAUGUCUGUCCACACGUGGGGGGAGGACCCCCGGGGCACCUGGGUACUAACCAUCGUUGAUAACUCGCAGUCAGGGAACUCAGGCGCUGUGUCGGAGGCGACGCUGGUGCUACACGCGGCCACCGCCGUGCCGCCCUACGCCAGCGUCCAGUACCCUAAGCAGUACAAUUUAGUCCGGUCAGCUGGCACCAGCAGCAGUUGGAACAAGAAAUCUUGAAAAAGAAAACCCGAGGAAUGUGCCGUUUAGGGGCUCAGUAAGCCCUUCCGUUGAGCCUGAGAGUUCUUGGCAUGAAUGCACGAUUGCCAUCAUUAAUAUGCGUUCAAUCGGGUUACUAAGAUAGAUUGAAUAAAUUGAACAAUUAAUUAAAAGACUCAUAAUCGAUUUAAUCUCACUUGAAUAUUUGUGUAGUUGAUCGGUAAAUUCUUGACAUAUUUUCUUAGCAACUGACUAAAACAUUUCUCGACACGAAUCCCAAUCUGUUUUUUGAGAGUUUGUAGAUGACUUGCUACCUUAAACCUGUAAGGACGAUUGAAGAGAGCUCUAAAAUCUUCACACCAUUCAGAAAAAGUUUCCGUGAACUCACACCUACAAAUACAAAAAUUCUGCUUUUAUCUGACAUGUACCUAAAUUUUAUUCUCAAUUUAAACUCGGGAAAUGGGAUUGCAUUUUUAUGACUGUAAUACCUUAUUUAUUGAACAUUUUAAAACGAGCCACGUAUCUUGAAAAUUUAGCUUGCAAUGGAAGCCUACCAGUCUCGCUCGACUGGACCGUGUUCAUUUUCCUUGAACCUGCUCCACGGGAUGUGGGGCUCUGCUCGGAAUUCCCCUUCAAAUUUGUCUUGUUUACACAGCCUAGUCUGGCCUGACGAAGGCGGUCCAGUCAAUCGCCCAAGAGAGUAAGAACAAUUAUUUUCAUUUCAAUUAAUUUUCAGCUCCCUUUUUAGGUCUGUAUGAUUAUGACUAAAUGAAAAUUCCUAAUGGUGAGCUUUAUGCGCUCGCGAUGAACAUUAUAGUGAUAUGAGGUGUGGGGUGGUGUUUUAGAUUGAGUCAGUUCAUAUAAUUCCCAUUACUAGUAAAAAAGGCGAGUAUUUAAUUAAAAUCAAGAUUCUGCGUAAUGUUUUAAGAAAAUUGAGCCAAUGCCGGGAUGGAAAGAUCACUAGGAUAAAUAUUAUGAAGCGAGAAUGAUAGAGGAGCGAAAAGGAAUCGGAUGUGAAACGAAUCCCUUCGCUGGAGAAUAAUCUAGUCUCCUAGUAACGUAAGAAUUUAAUUUAUCUCACACAUGGAUGGAAUCCACUAUCACUUGAGUGGAAUCCACUCUCACUAGAGUGUAAUCCAUUUGGAUAUUACCCGCUGCUGGACCUUGAUACAGAAACUUUGAUUAAUUGUCGCCCUUUAGGUGGUUAAAAUAGGUACUGCGAUUAUUUGACGGAGUUAGACAAUAGACCUGGAAAUCCAAUGAUUGUCUUCAAGUCCCUGGAAAUCCAAUGACUAACUAAACUUGUGAAUAAUAUUCCAAGGAAAAUCAUUAGCUUCUUACAAGAAGAAAUGAAAACUUGAACGAAUCUCAUAGUGAAGAAAAUAUGGAAACUUCUAAUUUAUUUGUGAGCAUAGUACGUUAAAGUUGACAUAUCUGUCAAAUGGCUGUAAUCCCACGAAUUUGUUAUUUUUGCUUAGCUUUUGUUCCUCCGAAUUUUUGUGGCAGCUCAUUUAUAGCUUGGUGAAUGUGGUUUUCUAUCAAAUAGCUAAAUAUCGCUAAAUUGGAGGAAGAAUUCAAAAGUGAAAUAUAUGAAAAAUUUCCUUCAAGUUCAACUGAAUUAAUACUAUGAACUAUCCACCGUAAUAUUUUUCACCGAUUUGAUUUCAAAUUAAUGAUACGAUCGGAAGAAGGGAGGAAGCAGCCGGUCUCUACUCGUUGAUAUUAAUAGUGAGCAGACAAACAACGAAGCUGGUUCAGACUUCGCAGUGGAAACUGUCCUUCGCUACUUAAAGAUCUCGUAGCAUCGAUUCAAGGGACACCAUAAUACUUUCAUAUUUAUAGCUGUGUGAUAUUUCAAGCAUAAUGGACAUAAUAAAUAUAAUGCGCACGAA